AUGCGGAUUUCAUCUCAGUUAAUGUCUAUCGGGAUUCGGGUGACUAGGUCAUUGCAACGCGUUUGCCUUCGAGCCAAACUCAGGAAGAUCAGGGUACAAUUGUGGACGAUUUAUGAGAAGUUGCUAAUAUCGAUGCAGUUUCAUCUCCCAUUCAUAUCCCUUAUGGGUCUCUGUCAUGAAGCACGUAUCACCGCUCGUAUGAAAAAUGCUGGGGAGUCGGCAGGCUCGUGUACAGGCCUAGCUUUGGUCUCCGUGUCAACACCUUCUACAUUCUGGUCUGCUCAAUAUACGCCGAUCCACUGGUCGAAGACAGACUUGCAUAAAUUCUCACUCAUAUUCCAUCACAAAUUUAUCUUGCGGUGUUCGGAGACCAUGGUCGUCGCCCCCGUCCACCAGGAGACCGACACUCAAGAUCAGGGAAUGGACGUACAUGCUUGGUACGGGCCCUGGGAGGUGGUGAAACUCGCCUAUCGUCCGAACGUCGGUAGCGUCUUUGAUACGUUCAACACCCUUUCAAUUGAAUACGCCAGUCCAUUCAACCCUGAGGGUCAUAGCCGGAUAUACGAUGGUGCGGAGAAUACUCGAGAAGGUGGCCGUAAGAGCAUAUGGAAGCUUGUUUAUGAGGAACCGAGAGACAAGAUAUACACAGCAGGCUGA